CGAGCGAGAGAGAGCUGUCAAGUCUGUUUAGAUUUCUGCAUAAGCACUGUUUGAACUGGCAGGAUAUUCAUUCACCAAUGGUAAUUGCGCUCAACGGACAAGGAAAGCUAUACACUCGCAUGUGCACUUAUCAUUUAAAACGACGCGGAUAUGUCUACAGUCAUGAUUUUUACGCACCGGUGAAGCGUAUUUUUUUUCAUAUCAUAGAUUAUUCAAAAGAACAAAGGAUAUUGUCAGAUCAGUGAACACCAUAUUUAUAGCCUAGUUAUUGCACAAGUAAUUAUAUACAACAGGCGGGAAUUCCGUUAAAAGUCAAAUAUGUCCAGGAAAAAGGCAGUGAAAGGCAAGGGAAGCUCCAAAAGCCCGACUGCAUCUCCGAACAAGAGCAAAGACAGCGGGAAAAGUGGUAAAGGGGUCGGAGCCGGGGCUCCAUCCAACGGAUUGGUAUAUCCGAGCCGCCCCUCACUCAGCAACAGUAGGGAGUUUUAUGAUAUCACUUUUAAGGUGAUGCUGGUGGGAGACUCAGGUGUAGGGAAGACUUGCCUGCUGGUUCGCUUCAAGGACGGAGCUUUCUUGGCCGGCAGCUUUAUUUCUACUGUGGGCAUUGACUUCAGGAAUAAAGUGUUGAACAUUGAUGCGCUGAAGGUCAAGCUGCAGAUCUGGGACACUGCUGGGCAAGAAAGGUUCCGCAGCGUCACACACGCCUACUACCGUGAUGCUCAUGCUCUCCUCUUGCUCUACGACGUCACUAACAAGGCCUCCUUUGACAACAUCAAGGCAUGGCUGACAGAGAUCCAUGAGUAUGCUCAGCAGGACGUGGUGCUAAUGCUGCUGGGCAACAAGGCUGAUGUGGCACACGAGAGAGUGGUGAAGAGAGAGGAGGGAGAGAAACUGGCCAAGGUGUUUGGGGUGCCCUUCAUGGAAACCAGUGCUAAGUCUGGCCUGAAUGUGGAGCUGGCAUUCACUGCUGUUGCCAAAGAGCUGAAGCACAGGUCGACGAAGGAGCCUGACGAUCCAAAGUUUCAGCUUCAGGAUUAUGUCAACAAGGAGAUGAAAAGCGCUGGCUGCUGCCACUCAUAAACCUGUCUUCUGUGUGUGUGUGUGUGUGUGUGUGUGUGUGUGUGUG